UUAUUUUUGCAGCGUUCUUUUGAUUUAUUAAUUUAUCAAUUAAAAUGCUGAAAUAUGCAUUGCAAACCGGUCGGAAUCAAAGCAAUAGACUCCUCCUGCACCUUCCUAAUCCAAACUGGAAGCGCAGCUACAGCAGCAAGAUCAGGAACAUAGGAAUACUGGCGCACAUCGAUGCAGGCAAAACAACGACCACGGAACGGAUGCUGUUCUAUGCGGGGAAGACCCGGGCUCUGGGGGAAGUGCAUCGCGGGAAUACGGUGACCGAUUACCUAACCCAGGAGCGGGAAAGGGGCAUCACCAUCUGCAGUUCGGCGGUUACGUUUCCCUGGAAUGACCACCGGAUCAAUUUGCUAGACACACCCGGCCACAUUGACUUCACCAUGGAGGUGGAGCAAUCCCUGUACGCCGUGGACGGAGUGGUCGUGGUUCUGGACGGCACCGCCGGCGUGGAGGCCCAAACAGUCACUGUUUGGUCCCAGGCGGACAAGCACAAGCUGCCACGUCUGAUAUUCGUCAACAAGAUGGAUCGUCCGGAUGCAGACUUUGAAAAGUGCGUCAGCGAUCUGAAGGAUAAGCUAGAAACGCAGCCCGUUUGCCUGCAGUAUCCUGUGAAAAACGAACAAGGAGUAUUGGCCAUCAAUGAUGUAAUCACCCUGGAGCGGUUAAGCUGGCAACAAAAGGACUUGGGAAGAAGCUACAAAAAUACCAAACUAGAACCCUCAGAUGACUUGCGGCAGCUGCAGGAAAAGCGCAACGAACUGAUCGACCAGCUGUCGGGAUUGGAUGACGAACUGGCCGACGUGGUCAUCAGCACAGAGAGCUUUGACCAGGUGGAUAAUGCUUUAAUCCAAAGGGCUCUUCGUCGGGCAACCGGUCAGCAGAAAGUUGUGCCCGUGCUGCUGGGAUCUGCCUACAAAAACGUUGGCAUUCAGCGGUUGAUGGAUGCCGUAAAUGCCUAUCUUCCUGCUCCCGAGGAACGCAACCAAAUCUACGACUGUUUUGGCACAGAAGUGGCUGGCAAGGUCUUUAAGAUUGUCCACGACAAGCAACGCGGUCCUUUGACCCUGGUGCGGAUUCUAAGGGGCGAAAUUAAGCGAGGCAUGCGUUUGAUUUCCGCUCGCGGUCAGGCGGAGGUGGUGUCCAAGCUAUAUGAGCCUCUGGCGGACGAAUAUCGUGAGGUCAGCGCUGUGCAAUCCGGUGAUGUGGUGAUCUGUGCAGGUCUCAAGUCCACAGUGACGGGAGAUCUGCUGACCUCUAGCCAAUCAGCGCUGAAAAAUGCUCAGAAACGUUUGAAACAAAGCCUGGGUGCCGCAGCCACGAAGGACGAGGAAGACGAUGAGCUGGACGAGUCAGAAGAGCUCUUCGCCAUUGACCCUCAAAUACCUGAUGCCGUGUACUUCUGUGCCAUCGAACCACCCAGCGUUUCCUCGCAAACCGCCAUGGAGCAGGCACUCAGGCAGCUGCAACGGGAGGAUCCCAGCCUGCGCGUUAGCUACGAUUCCGUCACCGGGCAGACGGUGCUCGGUGGAAUGGGCGAGCUGCACAUGGACAUCAUCAAGUCGCGCAUCCUGAGCGAGUACAAAAUCGACGUUGAUCUGGGGCCAUUGCAGAUUGCCUAUAAGGAGACUAUCGAUUCACCCGCCAUAAACACGCUAAGUGUGGAGAAGGAAAUCGCUGGCAGCAAACAAAAUGUCAGCAUAACUCUGGAGGUGGUCAAGAAUCAAACUGAGUUGUUUAGUUUAGACAAAUCACCGGAGAACUUGCAAAACCUCAACACUCUGCGACCGCGAAUUCUUCAGGUUCUGCGAAAGGGCUCUAUUAGUGCUCUGGAGCGUGGACCUCGCGUUGGUGGGCAGGUGGUGGAGACGCAGAUUCGCCUGCACAACGCGACUAUUGGACGGGGCACCGCAGAUUCCUUUGUCAUGGCCACGGCAGCACAGUGUGUGCAAAAGCUACUGAGCACCAGUGGAACCCGGCUGUUGGAACCCAUCAUGGCCCUUCAAAUUGUGGCACCCAGCGAACGCAUUUCCGGCAUUAUGGCCGAUCUUUCACGACGGCGUGCGUUGAUCAACGAUGUGCUGCCAAAGGGUGAAAGAAAUAAGAUGAUUCUGGUGAAUGCGCCUUUGGCCGAGCUCUCCGGUUACUCCAGUGCCCUGCGCACGAUUAGUUCCGGCACAGCCAGCAUGACUAUGCAGCCAUGUGGCUUCUCUUCCAUGAACUCUGCCGACGAAACGCUGGCGGAGCGAAGGGCCCAGGGCCUUGAAUAG